AUGGCGCCUCCCAAUGCCCUGCCUCCUUCCGCCUUUUUCACAACACUCCUCACCCUUCUCUCGCUCGAGCAAGACUCCGAGAUCGCAGAGACGACUCUCCUUCUUUCUUCGGCGCCACUGAGCACUCUUUCACGUGCCGGACUUGCUAUCCUGAAUUUGUCAAUUCAGUCCCUGAAGACUGGACUGGGAGGUCGUUCCGUAGUCGAACUUGGUCUCGACUCUGCUAUCGUGAGCAAAGACACUAAGGGCGAACUUCCAGAACAUGGCAUCCGGACGGGUGAUAUCGUGAGGCUGGCAGAGAUGCCGAAGGGUACGGCGAAGAAGAAAGAAGUCAGUGAGCUGAAGGGCAAAGGUGUAGAGGGAGUGGUGAUAAGGGUUGGGGAGAGGGCUGUUUGGGUCGCGCUGGGGAAAGAGGGAAAUGGAAGUGAAGAUGUUGAAGGUGUGCCAGAUGGGAAAUUGUGGUUGGUCAAGCUCGCAAACGAUGUCACUUACAAAAGAAUGAACCAAACCCUGACAAAACUACUCGAAACUUCUGAAUCAUCAUACACCAUGCUUCAGCGAGUCCUUCUGGGACUCUCGUUCCCAGGAACUCCUGACAUGGACAAAGUGAAGGACAUUGUAUUCUUUGAUCCCACUCUGAAUGCAUCGCAACGAGACGCGGUUCGCUUCGCUCUCUCAUCACCGGAAAUCGCCCUAAUCCAUGGUCCACCGGGCACAGGAAAGACCUACACCUUGAUUGAGCUAAUAUUGCAACUCCUGAAAGAUGGCCAACGGGUUCUAGUGUGUGGGCCGAGCAACAUCAGCGUCGACAACAUUGUCGAACGCCUCGCACUGACCUCCCCAGGCACACCUAUUGUCCGUCUUGGCCACCCAGCCCGUCUCUUACCCGGUGUUCUGAAUCACUCUCUCGAAGUCUUAACACGCACCAGCGAGGCUGCAAGCAUCGUGAGCGAUGUGCGUAAGGAAAUGGAUGAGAAACAGGCUUCGAUUCGAAAAAGUCGGAAUGGUCGGGAACGCCGUGCAAUUUACGCCGACCUGAAGGAAUUGAGAAAGGAGUAUCGCGAAAGGGAAGGGAAAUGCAUUGAUGGUCUUGUCAAGGGCAGCCAAGUCGUCUUAUCGACACUCCACGGCGCUGGAGGUCGUCAAGUACGGAACGAGAAGUUUGAUGUUGUGGUGAUUGAUGAAGCCAGCCAGGCUUUGGAGCCACAAUGCUGGAUUCCACUGGUUUUGUGCGGAGGGAAUGUACAGAAGCUAGUAUUAGCAGGUGAUCAUCUGCAGUUACCUCCCACGGUCAAAAGCGUCGAUAAUAAAGACAACAAAGACGACAAGAAAGCCAAGAUGAAGGAACUGGAAGAGGACCUGGCAAAAUUGUCUGUCAAGGACGAAGAAAUGAGAAUCGCCCGGAAUUGGUCUUUGGAGACAACAAUGUUCGAUCGACUGCUGGGAAUGCACGGCCCGAAAAUCAAACGGCUACUUAAUACACAGUAUCGGAUGCACGAAAAGAUUAUGCGCUUUCCUAGUGACGAGCUGUACGAAGGGAAGCUUGUUGCGGCGGAUGCAGUGAAGGCUCGUUUGCUGAAGCACUUGCCGUACCAGGUAAAAGAAACGGAAGACACUGUCGAACCUCUCGUGUUCUAUGACACUCAGGGAGAAGAUUUCCCCGAAAAGACCGAGGACGAUUCAGGUGGUUCGGUCAAGAAAUCGAUACUGCUGGGGGACAGCAAGAGCAAUGAGAUGGAAGCAGCUGUCGUCGCGAUGCAUGUGAGAAACCUCAUGGAAGCAGGACUCCGAGAUGAAGACAUCGCAGUUGUCACACCCUACAACGCGCAGCUUGCCAUCCUGAGUUCGAUGUUGAAGGAAAAGUAUCCCAACAUCGAGCUCGGUAGUGUGGAUGGCUUUCAGGGUCGAGAAAAGGAGGCUGUCAUUGUCAGUCUGGUCAGAAGCAAUGCCGAAAAGGAGGUGGGUUUCCUGGGUGAGAAGAGGAGAUUAAACGGUAAGUUCAAUCUCCCGAUGCGGUUGCGAUUGAUUUUCCCUUUCAUUUUGACUGCUCGAAAGAGACAACAUUGCCCGGUAUCAGCGUCGCAGCGGAGAAUCUGCAGUGGACACCAUUAUUCACGGCCAAUUAUGUCUGACCAUUUGGACAGUUGCGAUGACCCGACCAAAAAGGCAUUUAUGUAUAGUUGGCGAUUCGGAAACAGUGUCGAGAGGCAGUCCAUUUCUCAGGAGGUGGAUGAAAUUCCUCGAGGAUAA